GUCGGUCCUACUGCUUCGCUUGGUGGAAAGACGUUGGAGGAUGGAGAAUUCGUCUGGGACAGCCAGACCAGAGGCCUCAUACUUGGCGUCUUCUUUUGGGGGUAUUUGGUAAGCCAAAUACCUUCUAGUUUACUGGCUGCGCGCAUUGGUGUCAAACGCUUAGUCCACGUUUCGAUGGGACUGCUGGCAGUUUCGACCCUUUUGGUACCGUUUGCCGCCAGGACCAGUGUAAUUCUGCUUUGUGCCUUGCGAGUAGUUUCAGUCGGUCAAGUUCUUUUCCUUCUCUUGUUCCGCUCCGCCGUGGCCCGCGGUGUUCACAAUGUUCUAUUUGGCGCUAUCUUUCGGUGA